AUGAUGUCACUGAAUCUCACUCACUCUCCAACCCCCGCCGCUUUCCCCAAAUCCACCACCGGCCACCGCCGCCACUUCUCCAUCCCGGCCGCUUUCCCCCAACUCCACCGCCGAAACUCGUCUCUCAUCUCCGCAUCCGCCGCCAAUGGCGACCAAUCUCGAUUCCUCCCAGCCCAAUCAGCUGCCCCCAGAUCUCGCCUCGCCGUCAAAUCGGCGGCGGCGGCAGAAGGGAGCGGUUCAUCAAUCCCGGAUUCGGAUUCGAAUCCUAAACCGGUCAACCAAACCCUAAAACUCGCCACCGUAUUCGGGCUCUGGUACUUCCACAACGUAAUCUUCAACAUCUACAACAAGAAAUCCCUAAACGUCUUCCCUUACCCGUGGUUCCUCGCCACGUUCCAGCUCUUCACCGGCUGCAUCUGGAUGCUGGCCAACUGGUCAAUCAACCGCCGGUUCCCCAAAAUCUCCAAGGAGUUCCUCCUCGCCCUCCUCGGCCCGGCGCUGUUCCACACCGUCGGCCACAUCUCCGCCUGCGUCUCCUUCUCCAAGGUCGCCGUCUCGUUCACCCACGUCAUCAAAUCGGCCGAGCCCGUCUUCUCCGUCAUCUUCUCGUCAUUCCUCGGCGAGAUCUACCCUCUCAAGGUAUGGCUCUCGAUCCUCCCCAUAGUCUUCGGCUGCUCCUUAGCCGCCGUCACCGAGGUCUCCUUCAAUUUGGGAGGCCUCUCGGGAGCCAUGAUCAGCAACUUCGGCUUCGUCCUGAGGAACAUCUACUCCAAGAAGAGCCUGCAGAACUUCAAAGAAAUCGACGGGUUGAAUCUGUAUGGAUUGAUUAGUUUGGUCUCGUUUGUUUACCUGCUCCCCGUCGCGAUUCUCGUCGAGGGCUCGCAGUGGGUUGGGGGUUACAAGAACGCGAUUGUGGCCGUGGGCGGGAGGUCGAUGGAGUUUUAUGGAAUGGUGCUCUGUUCGGGGAUCUUCUAUCACUUGUACAACCAGUCGUCGUACCAGGCGCUUGAUGAUAUCAGUCCGCUGACGUUCUCCGUUGGGAACACGAUGAAGAGGGUGGUGGUGAUUGUUGCCACCGUGUUGUUCUUCAGGAAUCCGGUGAAGCCAUUGAAUGCUCUGGGGUCAGGGAUUGCCAUCCUGGGGACGUUUUUGUACUCUCAGGUGACGGCGAAGAAAGGGAAGAAGAAGGAGGAGGAGAAGAGCAGUUAA